AAAAAGUGAAGCGCUGUGAAUACUUUCCGGAUGCACUGUAUAUAUAUAUACAGGUACCUGUAUAUAUCAAAUAACAAUGGACGUUUCCAUUUAAUAAAUAACAAGAACUGACUCCAUGGAGAGAAGAGAUUUUAUUUAAAGGGCAACACAUUUCUAACAUGUUUAAAACAUUAAAAGGUUGUGUCUUAUGCCCUUAAACUCCAGUGUCUUCUACAUUGUCAAUCAUGAAACAGCACUAUGUGGACUCCACAUAUGGAUGCAUCCAUCAGACUCGUUAAUGGGACUGUCACUGUUUUAAGAGGGCAUUUAUUGUGUAAGUAAAAGGCAAGUUCAUUUCCAUCGUGAAGAAACCCUGGAUGAGUUUCAAUUGCUCUGUGCAAUAGGUCAAUCUGAUUUCAGAUUAAAGAACCAUUUAUAUUGACUGACAACACCAUAAAAUCCUAACAGACCUGAUUUAUUUAUUUGUUUGUUGUUUUUUAUGUAGUCUGUUAAUAUUGAUUCCCUGUCUAAAAUAUGCAAAGGUACUUUGGUUGAUUUGUUUUCUCCUGACGCCACAAACAACUUAAGUCAGUGGCCAUUGCAAUGUUUAUCAUGCCUGCAGUUUCAUCAUUGCUACUCUUAUUAACGGGAAAUUUCCAAUGUCCUCUGGCUGAAAGUUAAAGCUGCUGUGUAUUAGCUGUUGAAUUAUUGUCUUCUAUACCAUCUUAACUAUAAGUAAAUCAUUCAUAGGUUAUAUUCCCGAAAAGUGUAAACACAGUGGCACAGCCAAACUUUCAGCAAUGCUCUGGGUUGCAUUUCAAGCAUCGUUAGCCAAACUAUGGUCACAAGUUCCAUCGUUACCAACAUAGUUCAACGAUUUGGUGUUUCCCUAAACCGUUGUUCCAACGAACAUUCAGCUGGAACUGCAGCUAUUGGAACUACAGCUCUCCACCUGUGUUAAAAGCAUAGUUUUUUGUUAGUUGCUAAGUGAUAGGCCUAUUAUGCCAGACUUUUGCUUGUCAGCAUUCGUGAUAGUAUAUUUAAACUGACAAUAGCUGUUCUUUAUGAUGCAGAAGUUAUUACUCCACCCCCUGCUUAACAUCAUUAAUGACAUUGUUGAACCAAUGGGGUUUCGACCAACGGAUGUGCUGAUUUGCGACAUAGUUAUUAUGGUUUCGGGAAACAGUCGUGAGUAGCUAUUUGGUUUUUACAAUGAUGUAUCGCACUAAGGUGUUAGUUGAGUUGUGACGUUGCACGGGAAUAGUGUUUAUUUUAGCAGCCAGACAUAGCAACAUUUGCUCAACUAAUGGUCAGAUCUGUUUCAAAUGCAAUGGAAGAAGGGGAGUUUUUAGGGAAACCAGACUUUUUCCAUUUGGUGCUGCAAGUGGUGCAGAAAUUACACAGUGCCACUUUUAUGAAAAACAUUUAAUAAAAGUGAGAACUAAUGUCAGACAUGAAACUAAAAGGAUUAUUAUUUUAAUUUUUUUAUCCCCUUUUCUCCCCAAUUUGGAAUGCCCAAUUCCCCACUACUUAGCAGGUCCUCGUGGUGGCGCGGUUACUCGCCUCAAUCCGGGUGGUGGAGGACAAGUCUCAGUUGCCUCCGCUUCCGAGACCGUCAAUCCGUGCAUCUUAUCACGUGACUCGUUGUGCAUGACACCGCGGAGACUCACAGCAUGUGGAGGCUCAUGAUACUCUCCACGAUCCAUGCACAACUUACCACACGCCCCAUUGAGAGUGAGAACCACUAAUUGCAACCACGAGGAGGUUACCCCAUGUGACUCUACCCUCCCUAGCAACCGGGCCAAUUUGGUUGCUUAGGAGACCUGGCUGGAGUCACUCAGCACGCCCUGGAUUCAAACUCGUGACUCCAGGGGUGAUAGUCAGCGUCAAUACUCACUGAGCUACCCAGGCCCCCCCCCCCAGCUACAAGGAUUGUUAUUGCAGAGAUAUGAUGGGGAGUCGGCAUAGAUACCAAAACAUUCAAUCUAGAAUCCAAUUGUUAAUGCAAUGUUUGAAAAUAUCUACAUCAGUCAAGAUAAGUUACAACAUUUGUGAACAUUAGACCAGAAUCUACCUUGUUGGAUGUAAAUGCUGGGAGUUUUUAGAAGAAAAAUGCAUUGCCCUACAAUUGUCAUAUCAUGAAUAUUGCACUAGUCUUUGAAUUGUCAACUGUUUCUUCAUUGUGUCCUUUCCAGCACUUACAUUUAACGUUAGUUUCAUUUUGAGGAACUCUCAAAAUGCGGAACAGUCUGGUUCGGAAAGUAAAAAUCCCAUCCGUUUUCUCAAAAUAACUUACAAACCUUUUAAAGAUAGACCUAACGUGAGCUCCGAGGUUGUUAAUGCAGCCUAAACCUAAAAUCAAUGGUUUGAUGUAUUUCCAUCGUUUUUGAUUUGAUAUCGUCAUUCGCAGUGUUUAAUGGGAUUGAAUUUGAUUCCCUCAUGAAAGACGGUAAGUACACAGUCUUGUGUCUUUGUCUUUUUGUCUGAUUUUCAAAUACGUUUUUGUUGCAAUUCCAAGUUUGUAAUGUUGUGAUUCACUUCGGAGCUGGUUGGUUUGGUUCAUAACUUACAACUCUUUUAUGAAGGAUUUUAUGAAAUCCCUAUGAAUGGGAAAUAUACUUCUGGAACCAAGAUGCCUGGAAAAGUGGACGGGCACUGUUGCACUCAAUUAAAUUUGAGUGAAAUUGUCUCUGUAUGUCACGUUUAUCUCUGUUGUUUUUAUAAAAAUAAAAAAAUGCUUUGAUUACAUGCAUUAAAAAUGACAUUCCAGAUAACUGUAUGCGUGAUGUAAGUUUUCUAGUUUUUAUAUUGUGUGUUUUUAUAUUUGUGUGUUUCAAUGAAAGAAAGGAUUGCCUGGAAUGAGUCGAGUGGGAAAAGGGACACAAAGUCGAUGACCGAGUGGGAAAGAGGACAAACGUUUUCAUAUAUCAAAGAAAAAUCAGAUACAAUUAGAGGAUAGACAAACGAUUUGAAUUUCUUAAAAAAAAAGAAAAGAAAAAGAAAUGCUGAAUUUGUGUUCGUGCAUUAUGUGGUUUAUUGUGUCAGAAUUAUUUUUAUAUUAGAGGGGAUGGAUUUCAGAUGUCUAGUGGGUACCAGAGGGCGCCACACACACAUAAACACACAUUUUCUAGGCAUGGAGCCUGCAGUCAGGGGGAGCGUCAAACUUUGUACCGCACUAUACUGAACUGAAAAUAAGGACUACGAACUAGACCAGGACUACAAACCUCUGACCUCCAGGAUACAAACGGCUGACUUCUGAUUGUCUCAGCCCCCAAACAGGCACCUUUUCUCAGCCUAACACCUCUACCAGCCUACCCUGCCAUGCCCACUUCUGGAGCCUCAGAUCCAAAGUUGGAGGAUUUCUCCACUGCUAUUCUGAAACAGAAGAUUCGACCGAAUCGACUCAUAGUGGAUGAAGCUACCAAUGAGGACAACAGUAUUGUGUGCCUGUCACAGGUUAAAAUGGAGGAGCUGCAGUUGUUCCGUGGAGAUACUGUGGUGUUGCGCGGUCGGAAGCGGAGACAGACAGUCUGCAUCGUUCUCACAGAUGACACGUGUAGCAAUGAGCGUGUGCGCAUGAACCGGGUCACCCGUAACAACUUGCGGGUCCGCCUUGGUGAUGUCAUCAGUAUCAACGCCUGUCCAGAUGUGAAAUACGGGAAGCGCAUCCAUGUUUUACCCAUUGACGACACAAUUGAGGGGCUGACUGGCAACCUGUUUGAGGUUUUCCUAAAGCCAUAUUUCCUGGAGGCUUACCGGCCUGUUCACAAAGAUGAUAUUUUUCUAGUGAGAGGAGGUAUGAGAGCAGUGGAGUUUAAAGUAGUAGAAACAGACCCCAUACCACACUGCAUUGUUGCCCCAGAUACCAUUGUCCACUGUGAGGGAGAGCCUAUCAAACGAGAGGAUGAAGAGGAGAGUCUGAAUGACAUUGGGUAUGAUGACAUCGGUGGUUGUCGUAAACAGCUGGCUCAGAUUAAAGAGAUGGUGGAGCUGCCUCUCAGGCACCCAGGCCUUUUCAAAGCCAUCGGAGUGAAGCCUCCGAGGGGGAUUCUGCUGUACGGUCCACCCGGUACAGGCAAGACUCUGGUGGCACGUGCUGUUGCUAAUGAGACAGGAGCUUUCUUCUUUCUCAUCAAUGGCCCUGAGAUCAUGAGUAAGCUGGCAGGAGAGUCUGAGAGUAACCUGAGAAAAGCUUUCGAGGAGGCUGAAAAAAAUGCCCCUGCUAUCAUCUUCAUCGAUGAGCUGGAUGCAAUUGCUCCAAAACGAGAGAAGACUCAUGGUGAGGUUGAGCGGAGGAUCGUCUCUCAGUUGCUCACCCUCAUGGAUGGCUUGAAACAACGCGUUCAUGUUGUCGUCAUGGCGGCGACAAACAGACCCAACAGUGUGGAUCCUGCUCUUCGUCGCUUUGGUCGGUUCGAUCGUGAGAUUGACAUUGGUAUCCCUGAUAAAAUCGGCAGGCUGGAGAUUUUACAGAUUCACACCAAGAACAUGAAACUCUCGGAUGAUGUGGACCUGGAAAAGAUCUCCGCUGAAACACACGGGCAUGUGGGAGCAGAUUUGGCUGCUCUGUGUUCAGAAGCAGCGCUGCAGGCCAUCCGCAAAAAGAUGAUUCUUAUUGAUCUGGAGGAUGACAGCAUCGACGCAGACAUUCUCAACUCACUUGCUGUCACCAUGGAUGACUUCAAGUGGUCUCUGGGUCAAAGUAACCCAUCUGCUCUGAGGGAGACAACAGCCGAGGUUCCUCAGGUAAACUGGGAGGACAUCGGAGGACUAGAUGAGGUGAAGAGAGAGUUACAGGAGCUGGUGCAGUAUCCCGUGGAGUAUCCUGAAAAGUUUCUGAAGUUUGGAAUGACUCCAUCUCGAGGUGUUCUGUUCUAUGGCCCACCAGGGUGUGGCAAAACUCUACUAGCUAAAGCCAUUGCCAAUGAGUGCCAGGCUAACUUUGUGUCCAUUAAAGGCCCAGAGCUGCUCACAAUGUGGUUUGGUGAAUCAGAGGCAAACGUCAGAGACGUGUUUGAUAAGGCACGGCAGGCCGCUCCAUGCAUUUUAUUCUUUGAUGAGCUGGACUCCAUUGCCAAAGCUCGAGGAGGCGGGGCUGGGGAUGCAGGGGGUGCAGCUGACAGGGUCAUCAACCAGAUCUUAACAGAAAUGGACGGGAUGACCAACAAGAAGAACGUCUUUAUCAUUGGUGCCACCAACAGACCUGAUAUUAUUGAUGCUGCAAUCCUGAGGCCUGGUCGUUUGGAUCAGUUGAUUUAUAUCCCUCUACCUGACACACUCUCCCGCUCUGCCAUCCUAAGGGCCAACCUCCGCAAGUCUCCUAUCGCUAAGGACGUAGACCUAGCAUAUUUGUCCCGGAUAACAGAGGGUUUCUCAGGAGCAGACCUGACUGAGAUCUGCCAGAGAGCCUGUAAGCUUGCUAUCAGAGAAGCCAUAGAGGCAGAGAUCCGUGCUGAGAGACAACGGCAAGCCAAGAAGGAGACUGCUAUGGAUGAUGAUUACGACCCAGUGCCUGAGAUCAGGAAGGAUCAUUUUGAGGAAGCCAUGAGAUUUGCUCGUCGGUCUGUUAGUGAUAACGACAUACGGAAGUAUGAGAUGUUUGCUCAGACUCUACAACAGAGCCGUGGAUUUGGCAACUUUAGGUUUCCCACUGGAGCUCAGUCAGGUGGAGGUCAGGGGUCAGGCCAAGGCUCUGGAGGUCAGUUCAGAAAUGAUGGAGAUGAUGACCUUUAUCAGUAAUCAAGGUCAGCUACCGGGUCAACACCUGUGGUGUGAGAUAGCGAGAGAAAAGAUUAAAUUGACCUGCAAUAGGAAUGUGCAUAUUACGAUUAUUUACAGUAAAGAUCAAAUAAUGUAUGUUCAUUUCUGUUCUGACAGGUUGUUCGCUCUCACACGCUUUGCUCUUACUCAUUUUGACAGAAACAUUCAAUUUAAUGCCUAUUGUUCACACUAAGAUGAUGUUGUUAAAUAUAUGUGAUGAUGUGAAUGUGUGUCGUACAUUAAUAAAGAAAAUGUAUAACAUUUAAU